CAGCGCCCGGAAGUAAUCUACGCCCAGAUUAAAGAUCAACCGCCUACAUGAGUGAACGAACGCACGCCCGCGGCCGCGCGCGCGCGCCUCGUGAAACAAGCCUAGAUCUUGAUCGAGAGAUGGAGAUGCGGAGAAGGAACUACUGUGCUGUGCCGUACGGGAGAUGGAGAGACCGUGGCGGGACGAGGGAGGAGCGAGGAGCGGAUUCAAAUCGGUCCGUCAUGCCGGGAACGUGCAGAUGAGACCCGAGUGCGGUACGAGCUGAGAUUCGUCACUCGCGAGUUGCAGGAGAGAAGGCCAAGGAGAGGCGGGGGAUCUGGGGUAAGGAUGGAUGGAUGGAUGGAGAGUCAGGGGCACGAGGAGGAGAAGAAGAAGAACGGUCUGGAAGCUCGACGCUGUGUAGGGGAGGUUCGGGAUGCUGCUUAUCUCGUGCAACAGCGAGGCACGGACGGGUUCGAGAGAGAGGUGAACGGAGGAUAAAUUGCACAGAGGGUCGGGGAGGGGAGAGGUGUUUCGUUUGGAGAGCUGAGGCGACCGCGUUGUUGGUUGGCGUGGCGGAUGCAAUAUACUUUCCAUAUUGCUACGCAGGUUCGGGGACCCUGCAUCUCGUAUGUAACUCGUUUCGAACUGCUGUGUUCCUGUUCUGGGCGUGCAAAUACGCUGCUGCAGCAUUGCGCGCUCGCAAAAUCUCUCAAUUGUCUCAUAUGAUGGAUGGAGAUUGUGGCGAACUUGAGGAGGGACAAAGCACUUGCAUUCCCGAUGUAAUCCUUGAACGUAAGGAGGGAGGCACGACAGCUGUGCCGUUCGGAUGCUUCGCUGAGCGAGAAUCUGAUACCAAGGAUUAUCAAUCCUCUUGGCUCUGCUGCGAGGGAGUUGAGCAUUCCUUGGUGAUAGACGACGCACAUAUGCUGUGCGAUGGUAUACCCUAUCUCUGUGGGAGAGUUCGUAAAGGUUUUGCCAUAGAAGCCCAGUUUUGGCAUGUGCGCGUAUCCACACUCGAAAUAGACUUCAUCAGGUAAAAUAUAGAAGCUCAAUCAAUACCAUAUACCUCCAAGACGGGGACUGGUGAUGACGCAUUGCCCAAGCGAUCUGAUAGCUCGGUCUCCACAUGGUUGGAUGUUGAGAUUCUUGGGACGCACGAUGUAACUCCAAACUGCGGGACGUUGAAUCUGAGGUGAGGUGAAGAUAAGGUUGAGAUGAAAAGGGAUCAAUAUAA